AUGCAACAAGUAAAAACCUUUUUAUUCAAUCAUCUUGAAAGGUUGUUUCCAUAAGUUUGGGCACACAGUGACAUUAAUUUUUGGUUUUUCUUGUUUGUUUGUCUUUUCUUAGAGCAACAACCCUACCCUACAAGAACAAAUACGUAUUAAGUUCAGUGGGGAUGGGGCGAAGAUGACAACAAUGACAAAUUUUGUUGUCCUGUCAUACUCUUUGUUGGACACAGAGGACAUAUUAGCAUCAGAAGGUUUGCAUUAUUAACACCAAUCUGUGCAAACUUAUUUAAUAUGCAUAUUCAUUUAUUCUGUUGGUACUAAUGUGUGCAUGUGGAGCAUGCAAGAUAAAUAAAUCAUACUUUUCACACAGAAAACCACACUGUUGCUGUUAUCAAAGGGCAUGAGAGCUACGAUCUGCUAAAGACUUCCUGUAAGGAUGUUUUUGUCUCUGUCAACAGGUUGAUUGAUGAUGGCAAGAUAAGUAUUGAUGGAAAGGACAUUCAAGUGGAGAUGGCUGUUGGCGGGUGACUACAAGGUAUAUCAUGUAAUAAUUCAAAAUUAUAAUUUUGGCCAAGUUAUGGGAGGUGGGCACAUUUUAAAAAAAUGCUACAAGUAAAUUCACUGUUACGGCAAAAGUGGUCCUAAAGUCGUUAGAAAUAUGUCUGAAUGAGAUAUGAAAACUAUUCCAGUGUUGAUAGUGGUUUUCGUAUUUUCCAGUUUCUGUUGCUGGUCUUAGGCAUGAAGGGUGCUACAUCUGAUUUUGCAUGCAUUUGGUGCACAUGCCACAAGAAACACAGGUAUGAUUACUGCUUUGAGCAUUUCAUCCAACAAGCAACAUUCACAUGUAACGGUAAAUUUAACAAUAAGAGAAGAAAGUAACUUUGAUUUCAUUUAUUAUUUUAUUUUUUACCAUGGAGACAUGACAUGUCAAAGCCAAUGAGGCACUACUGGGGAAAACCUAUUGCAAGGGACAUCAGCAGUUUUGCAGAAUGGUCAAGGCAGAACAAGUUUGCUUGUGCCCAUCCACCUUUCAAUAUUGCAUAA